CGCACAAACACCAUCAGCACACACGUACCAUUAUUCAGCAUGAGGUUUGGUCUUGCUUUGCUCGCUGGAGCAGCAGCAGUAGAAGCCCACAAUGGUCACCAUGACCGACCUGGAAAAUGGGAUUGGAACGGUGGCUAUCCCUACGGAGGAUGCAAUUCACAGCAUUUAACUGGAACUCCUCCAAAACCUGGGUCAUUGAACGCUACUUUCGCUCAACUCAUCGACCACAGCAACCCGAGCUUGGGCACAUUUGAACAGUUCUUCUUCUACGAUACGACAUACUGGAAAGGCCCCGGAUCCCCGGUCAUCCUCUUCACCCCAGGCGAAGUCAAUGCAACAAGAUACACCAGCUAUCUCACCACGAAUCGUACAACCGGCGUCCUCGCCCAAGAGAUUGGCGCCGCGACCAUCGUGCUCGAACACCGUUACUGGGGUGUUUCCAGCCCCUUCAGCGACCUCACUACCGCCAAUCUCAGAUAUCUCACCCUCGAAAACUCCAUCAAAGACCUGACCUACUUCGCCCGCACCGUUGAACUCCCCUUCGCCUCCAAACGCCACCCCAGCAAUGCCAAAGAUGUUCCCUGGGUGACGAUGGGCGGCUCAUACUCUGGUGCCCUCUCCGCCUGGACUGCUUCCGUUGACCCUGGAACAUACUGGGCAUACCAUGCAUCGAGCGCGCCUGUACAAGCCAUCUCUGACUACUGGUCUUACUUCCUUCCUGUACAACAAGGCAUGCCGAAGAAUUGCAGUCAAGACGUCUCCUUGGUAAUUGACCACAUGGACAACAUCCUUAUCAACGGCACGGAAGACGAAGCCAAGGAAUUGAAGGCCCUCUUUGGACUGCAGGACGUCAGUCAUAACGACGACUUCAUGGCCGCCCUGGAAAAUGGUCCUUGGCUAUGGCAGGGAAAUCAGUUCUACAACACCAGCGGCUUCUUCACGUGGUGCGACUACGUCGAAGACAGCGUCAACGCCACCGGAUCGAGCGUUGCAGGUCCUUCCGGUGUCGGAGUCGAAAAGGCACUCGCCGGCUACGCGAAGUGGUUCAAAGAAGUCCAACUGCCCGGAUACUGCGAAUCGUACGACUACUUCCACGGUGAAAACAACACGGAGUGUUUCGAUACCUACAACCCUGAUUCACCGAUGUUCACCGACACGAGUCUGAGCAAUACAGUCGACCGACAAUGGGUCUAUAUGACCUGCAAUGAACCCUUCGGAUACUGGCAGACGGGCGCGCCAGCAGAUCGCCCGAGCAUUGUAUCCCGCCUCGUGACGCCAGAAUACUGGAUCCGCAUGUGCGGCCUCUAUUUCCCAGCCGGUCCGGAUGGAGAGACGUACGGCAUCGCCAAAGGCGUCACGGAAGAGGAUGUCAAUGCCUACACGGGCGGGUGGGACAUUACCAAUACAACGCGGUUGAUCUACGUCAACGGCGGGUAUGAUCCGUGGAGAGAAUCGGGAGUGUCGUCGUCUGAUCUGAGGCCUGGCGGACCAUUGCAGAGUACCAAUGAAGUGCCGGUAUUGGUCGUGCCUGGAGGUUUUCAUACAAGUGACUUGAUUACCAUGAAUGGAGCAGUCAAUGCAGGGGCGAAGGAGGUUAUCGAUUGCGUUGUGGCGCAGUUGAAGGAGUGGGUCGGAGAGUGGCCGAAGCAUGGAAGGUAUUGGAGGGAGUAA